AGAGGGGAAUUUAGUUGGUAAAUUUACCACCAGAUGUCACUAGAGGUCAGCUCACAGUCCUAUUUAAGAACACAGCAAACCAGAGUUCAUGCACAGAAACCAGUUGGCGUUCUUCAGAGCAAAAUGAAGGUUCUCGUUGUUGUGGUGGUGGUUCUUGCAGCCGUGACUGCUAGCACAGAAGGAGCCCCAGGGCUCUUCUCAUUCGCCAGGGAAGCCUUCCAGGGCGCAAGAGAUAUGGUUCGAGCGUAUGGCGACAUGAGAGAAGCCAACUGGAAGAACUCGGACAAGUACUUCCAUGCAAGAGGGAACUACGACGCUGCCAAGAGAGGUCCUGGAGGAGCAUGGGCAGCUGAGGUUAUCAGCAAUGCCAGGGAAGGAGUUGACCAGUUGAAGGGAGGCAGCGCAGCAGCCAGUGCUGCUGACCAAGAAGCCAACAAGUGGGGACGUGGUGGUGGCGACCCUGACAGGUUUCGUCCUAGGGGCCUCCCCAGGGAAUACUGAGGGAGUCUUCUGGAUCUUAGGAGAUGAAGGUUUGGCUGUGAGCUGCUCAAAUUACUGAUGCUGUUGAGUCACCACAUUUUGUGUUCAUGUUUCAUCGAGUGGUGCUACUGACUGGCUGAAACAAAUGCUACUUUAGAUAUUGUUAUUUAUGUUGUUACGUUGUGCCCAUAGUUUAUUUAAUAAAAU